CUUUCUUCACGGCACUAUAUAGCUGUCGCUGACCUCCUGGCUUCUCCCCAUUCCUCGUCCAACCGCUUUGGUCUAGUUCGUCUAUCGGCUAGCGAAAACCAAAGAGUUCAUCAGAAGAACACAAAGGAUUUCUAAGAGGAUCGUGUCGAUGACGUCGUGCGCCGAUUUCGAUGCGCUCCGGGCGUCGGCAGCGGACGUGCAGAUCGUCACGUCGGACGGACAGAGCAUCGCGGCUCAUUCCUGCGUUCUUGCCUCGGCGUCGCCGGUGCUGGAGCGCAUGAUCGACAGGGCGCGGCGCGGGUGGGGCGCCGAUUGCACAGUCCGCGUCCUCGGCGUCUCCUUCGACGCCGUCCGCGCCUUCCUCCACUUCCUCUACUCCGCCAAGGUAGCGCCGGAGGAGGAGGAGCUGGUGGGCGCGCACGGGACGCAGCUGCUGGCGCUGGCGCACGCGUACCGGGUAGGGUGGCUGAAGCUGGCGGCCGAGGCCGCGGUGUCGGCGCGGCUCACGCCAGAGCGCGCCGUCGACAUGCUUAAGCUCGCCAGGCUCUGCGACGCGCGGCGGCUGUACCUGCGCUGCGCGCGGCUCGCCGCCAAGGACUUCUCCGCCGUCGAACGGUCCGACGGAUGGCGCUUCGCUCGCCGCCACGACGCCGCGCUCCAGCUCGAGCUCCUCCGGCUCCUCGAGGACGCCGACCAGCGCAAGGAGCGCUGGGCGCGCGAGAGGGCCGCGCUGGAGGCGUGCCGGCAGCUCGGCGAGGCCAUGGCCUCCCUCGAGCACAUCUUCCCGGGCGACGGCGCCGUCUGCGCGGACGCGCCGUGCGCGAAGGCAGGGUGUACGUGCCGGGGCCUGCAGCUGCUGAUGCGGCACUUCGCGGCGUGCGCGAAAAAGGCCGCGCCGGGCGGGUGCGCGCGGUGCAAGCGCAUGCUGCAGCUCUUCCGCCUACACGCCUCCGUCUGCCACCGGCCGGACCAGGCCUGCCGUGUGCCGCUCUGCAGCCAUUUCAAGGCCAAGGCGCAGACGGAGAAAGCGGACAAGACAUGGCGGCUUCUGGUGAAGAAGGUGACGAGAGCGAAGGUGAUGUCCUCCUUGGCGGAGAGGAAGGUGGUGCCGGAGGUUGUGGCUGAGUCAUGGGCGAGGUACAACGGCAGAGUGGCCAAGUUGAGAUGAGAAGAUAAUCAAGCAUGCCCGUUCCCAACUUAGUAUACUGCAUAGUCUUGUAGGUCUAAAUUUAGCAAAGUAGUGAAUCAAGCUGUAUUAUAUAGUCAGGCUAGAGGUAUGCCCGGAUGAUGUUUAUACUGGAUUUUUCGAUAAUUCUCUACAGUACAUGGGUGCUGCAAACAAAGCUAGAUUAACAACAUCGUGUUAUAUUA